AUGGCCGACGUCCCGUUGGUUGUCAUCUCCGAGUACGCGCAAUCGGAGCGCCGCAUUACACCAUCAUGGUCCAUCUCGCAGCUCAAGACCAAGCUCGAGACGGUGACGGGCAUCCCGCCUUCGUGCCAGCGUCUGUCCCUCAAGCCUACGGCCGGCGCAGAGGCCAUCGCCGUCGAGGCGCCUAACGAGGACGACACCCACCUGUCCAACUUUCCCUUGGCCCCAUAUGCCGAACUUCAUGUGAUUGACACACGUCCUGCGGCCGCCCGGAUCAACUUGAACGACACCACGGGCGUCGACAAGUAUGUCAUGCCCGAGGAGGAGUACGAGAAGAAGACGGACUCUGUCCUGGCGUGGAAGAAGAACCAGAAGCUGGGCCGAUUCGACCCCAGCGCCCCCAGUCACGAGCAGGCCAAGCUGGACGCGCUCGACCGCGAGAUUGCCACACGCGGCAUCGCGGUGGGCCGACGCUGCCGCGUGGGCGGUGAAGACACCCGGCGCGGCGUCAUCCAGUACGUGGGCGAGGUCAAGGAGAUCCCCGGCGGUCUCGGUGCCUGGGUCGCUGUCAAGCUGGAUGAGCCCGUGGGCAAGAACGACGGGAGCAUCGGGGGAACUCGCUACUGGGGUGAGCCUUCGGAACUGAAGCAUGGUGUCUUUGUGAGACCGGAGCGGGUAGAGGUUGGUGAUUUCCCGGCUCUGGAUGAUUUGGAGGACAUGGAGGAGAUCUAG